AUCUCUACAUAGGCCUAUUUAUUUGGAGUUCCAAGCCGCCUGUAAAAAUUUGCCAAUUGGAAUGAAUAAGACAUGAUUUUGUUGAGUAGAAAAGCCGUAGACAUAAUUAUAUCAUUGGCCUUAGCAGCAGUCGUUCUGGUAACCUGGGGCUUUGUGAUAUAUGCUGGUCGUAUUACAGCUGUCAGGAUCUACCCGGAGUUGGCUGAAGAACCGUGAUUCAAGAGUGACACCGGGUCAAUUGUUCCAGUGUCAAGGAAGAUGGAUUGCCCUGCCAGGAGAUGUCAGGUAGUAGUCAGGAAGAUGAACCUUGGUGAGAAAGCAACCAUGCACAGGUGUGUCGUCCCCAUCAAGAGACUACCAAUCACCAACAAGACAUCUCCGCAAGGGUCUACGAAGCUCUCCCGUGUCCAACUCCAGAAGCUGAAGGUCCUCCUGCAGAAGUUGAAGCUGAGCACGGACAGGGUCGAUGGCAAGAUUACUGUCCAAGGUGAGAGGGGGGAUGCAGGAGGUGUAAAGGAGAAAACUCUCUCGACUGUCCAGCUUCGAACCCUGAGAGUGCUUCUCAACAAGCAGAAACUAAACAACCGAUGUGACAGACUGGAAGUCAGAGAGAAGAAAGUAGAACCUGUGAAGACUACUCUGUCCAGCUACCAGCUCCAUAAAUUCAAGGUUUUGCUUAAUAAGGUGAAGCUGGACAAGGAUGACUCGAUUAAGGCUCAAUCCAAAGAGAACAGGGACAACGCGGAAAGAACUCUGUCCAAGGUGCAGCUCCAUAAGCUCCAGAUUCUCCUCAGCAAGCUGAAACUGAGCAACGACAGGAAGGAUUCAUCGAUCAUCAUUGAUAAAGAUUGUGGCAUUGUAACGUGCCCACAUUCCCUUUCUGCAAUGAACAAGACACGCUUCAGAGUCCUCGUUAGGAGACUCAAACUCCACAACAUCCCGCAGGGCCUAGACCAUACCCUCUUCAUCGACAAGGAGCUGGGCUUUGUAGCCAAUCCCUACUUACUCCCAAGCUAUCGUAGAGGUCACUUCCGUAAACCCUAUCACAGCGUCCUAAAAUUCAGAAGAAGCCGUGUUGGGCAGUGCCGUGUGCGCAUCAGAAAGAUUCAUUUGUAAUUCCAU